AAAAGACUAGACGCCAAGACAGUCGACCAUCUCUGUCUGACCGACUAUCUUUUGCCCUAUUACCCCUACCCGAUAGCACCCGUCCCAUCACUUCUCUCACUUUUGCACGAUGCCAAAAGUCCCCUCUUCCCGCUCCCAGUCCUUCUCAGACACCAAACCGAAUAUCGCCAACCCGCCCGCUCUCUCCAUUACUUGCGCCCCUUGCCGGUCUAAAAAGAUCAAGUGCGAUUCGGUAAAGCCGACGUGUGCGAAUUGUUUGAAGAAUCCCGAGCGGUGUUUUUAUCCUGCAAAGCUGAAGCCGGGGUUGAGGCCAGGGACGGGGUUGGAGAUGAUGAAGCGUGUUGAGAUUUUGGAAGAAAAGAUGGAGCUGUAUGGUUCGCAGCUGGCAGAGCACGAAAGGCGCCUCUCCUCUAUGCCCUAUUCUGUCGCUGGGCCCUCUUUUUCGUAUGACAACAACACCCCCCUUCCCGAUCCGAACCAACAGGCCCAGCAGCAGCAAGACCAGCUUCAACAAGCCUACACGACGGGCGUCUCUCCAGGGAUGAGCUCGAGAGGCCAUAUGCCCCCGCCGCUCCAUGCGAUCUCUACCAACCUACCGCCAAGUUCCCAGCCGUUCGCCUACCCGCCCAACCCUUCGCCGAGUUCGGCAGGAGGACCGGUAUAUGACCGACAGUCUUUCGCCAUGUCAUCGGCAUCGCCGCAUGUGAACAACAGCGUCGCGUCCCCAGGCUCAUUCCUCGACCCUCAAAUCCUCCCGCCAGACGAUAUAGUCCGCGACCUCAUCACCCUCUUCUUCACCCACAUCCACCCCUGGUGCCCCAUCCUCUCUCCCUCCCCGUCCGACUUUCAGCCGCCCUGGGGGAUAGUGCACCACGCCAUCGUCGUCGUCUCCCUGCGCUUCUCGCGCGAUCCGCGUAUAAGGAUGGACAAGGGGUCGAUCAAGCAGAAGGCGAAGCAGCAUGUGUUGGCGCAUGCGGUGGAGUCGACGAGUGUGGCGUCGUUGCAGGCGUUGGCGCUGUUGGCUGUGGAUCUGAUAGGGAGCGAUCAGGGGCCGAGUAGUUGGGGGAUACUUGCGCUUCUUACGCGUUCUGCAGUCCACCUCGGUCUUUCGCGCGAAGACGACCCCCCUCCUCCCUCGUCUUCCACCUCUUCCUCCACUGCCCAUGCGCACGCGCAUGCGCCAAGAGCCCCAGCGCUUUCGAGGACGAGUAUCCUCCCCCCGCCGGGGUCUUGGCACGAAGAUGAAUCAAGGAGGCGAUUGUUUUGGUGGGUGUUUGUGCUGGAUCGGUAUGUGUGUUGUUCGACGGGGUGGGAUUUUGCGGUGCCGGAUGGGGAUGUGGGGAGGAGGAUGCCUUGUCCGGAUGAGGUGUGGACGCAGCCUGAAUGGCACCAAACCCCCACCUUCUCCUCCCCCCUCUCUUCCCUCUCCUCCACUUCGCACCACCAUCCCCUCCCACCCGUGCCCCUAACCUCCGUCUCGCCCUUAGCAUACCUCGUCGAAGCGCUCGACCUGCUCGGCCGCGCGCACACACUGCAAGGGGAAAAGAUCAACCUCGGCGAUCGGGGGGAGGUGGAGGGGCGGAGGGAGAUGGCGUUGGGUGUUACGCGGGUUGUGAGGGAAUGGUGGGAGGGGAGGGAUGUGGGGGGGAUUGGGGAGGUGGGGAUGAGGUUGAUGAUUCAAGCGAUCCACCACGCCACUCUCCUCAAACUGAACGCCUCCCACGCCUACCCCGCCAUUCUUCCGCCCACGAGAUCAGCACAGGAACCUUUUUUGUCUACGUGCCUCAGCUCGGCGAGGGCGAUGGCGAGGUUGGUGGAGGAAGGGCGGGAGGCGGGGUGGGAGAGGGGAGGGGCGUUGUUUGUUUGGGGGUGUUGGGUUGCUGCGAGGGUGCUUUUUGUGCAUGCGUUUUUGAAUGGUCAUAAGAGGCUGGAUGAUGAUUUCGAGGUGAUUGUGGGGGGGUUGAAGGAACAAGCGGAAUACUGGGGCUUGGCGACACAAUAUGUGAAACUGCUCGAAAGAGCUAAACGCAAGAUGCUCAAGUCCCGCCAAUCCCACCCCUCCACUUCCUCAUCCACCACCAACUCGCACCCACAUGCCUCCAAUCCCAAUCUAAAACACGCACCCGAAGGCCCCUCGUCUGCCCUGCCAGACGCCAUCCACGUGCUGCUCGACCUCCGGCGAACAGCUUAUGGCGCAGUGGGCACGAAUAUACAAGAGACGCCGCAUACGACGCCGCCCCCCGAGGGUUUGGAGGGCGCGGGGGGGCGGGAGGGGGGGUUGGGGUUCGUGCCGGGGUAUGAACCGGGGCAUGGGCAUGGGAUGGAGGGUGGUAUGAUGGGAGGGGUAGGGGGAGGGAUGGGUCAAGGGCAAGCGCAAGGAGGACAGGGACAGGGGAUGCAAGGGGUGGAAGGUAUGGAUCUGGGGCUGGAUAUGGUUCCUGCUUGGGCGGUACAGCCGGGGUUGGAAGAUUUGUAUAGCUGGUUUGAUUUACCGGCGGGGUUGUUCCAGGGGGAGGGGAUGUGA